UUAACAGUUCCAUUAGUGCUGUCAACGAGUUUAAUUAACAAAAACCGAACAGAGGGAAAGAAACAGUGGAUCCCUGCAAUUAAAUUGAACAAACGAAAAAAAAUAAAAUUAAAAUAAAUUACAAAAUAAAAGCAAGUACAUACAAACGAGCAAAAGAAAUAUUCCGAGUGAUUGUGCAUUUGGGUUUACGAUGUGUUUUCAUUCGUUGAACAAUCUAUAUACAGAUCGAUAAUUAGUGGAUUACCAUUUCUCUUGCACUGCGUUUGAUCCAUUUAAUCAAUCUCUUGAUAAUACAUAAGUAAACCUAGAACAUGAAAAGUAAAAAUCGCCGAUGGUUGUUUGCAUGGGCAAUAGCCUCAUCCCUGCUUCAGAUCUUACAGUGCGAACCGGUGGAAGUAAACAACGUAGUUAACAGCACGAAACAUGACGACUCGAUAGGUACGAAAGAGGUUCGGAGCAUAUUUUCACCCCAAAUGGAUUACGAGCAGUGGACGCCCGUAGGUAGAGCCGAUCCUUUCAACGACCCUACUUAUGAUUAUGUUCCGCCAGUUUUAGAGCGUGUACAUUACUGGGUCGAUCCAGCGCAACGUAAACCUGAUCCUCCCUUACCGGGUGAAAAUCAGAAGACUGAGAUCUUGGUGCUCGGAGUCAGCUCCAAUAAACCAAGCAGUCCCUCGAUAAACGCAGAAUCAAGAAGGGAUACCUACGAUCCCUUCGUGAAAUUCGUCGACGGGCCAAAGUUUCAAAGUACUUACCAAAGAAUUUCGCGACCACAUUUCCAAAUGCCUUCGUAUCCCUUCUUCAACUCGCCCUACCAUAAAGCCAAGGGCAGUUCCGAGAGGGUGGUCUAUAAAACCGAGCAAAGAGUACCAUACACCAUUUUAAUGCCACCGCCUAUACCCUCGUCAAAACCAAUAACGGAGUCGUUCACAACCCCGAGCAGCACGUCAUACACGAUCCAAGAAGCUAACCUCAUUUACCAAUCGAGUACAACGAGCCAGCAGCAGCAGCAGCAUGAAUGGAAAGACGACAAAAAUUUCUACACCGUCGCUGAUUCUAGCAGCGUAGUUACUUGGAGGACUCCUCUCCCGUACGAGUUCAAUGAUCAAGCUGAGAAAGUGAAGAAUACUACGGAAGAAAUUCAAAUUAGCGGACCAGAUCUUAUGUUCAAAGGACAAGUUUCUAAUGGGGACAUGGACGUAUCAAGCACUUACGUCAAUAUUGGAAAGCCCGAAGCUCAAGUGCAUUCGAUUUCCGGAACUUCUGCAAUGAACGUUGAUCCUCCGGUUUUGACUCAAAUGAAAAAUCCGAUAACCUUACAAUCUCUUCAAACUAUGCAAACAAUGCAACCACCAUCGAUGGCAACAAUAAAAUCAAACUCUUUGGCCACAUUAUUGGAAAAGGAAAUAACUCCAGCAAUGAUGAGUACUUACAUGGCGAAUAUUCCCAAAGCUACAACUAAGGCGUAUACAACAACAACAACCCCUAUACCAAGCACAACAUCAAUCCAUUCUUUGACAACGGAUCCUUUGUUCAGACAUUAUAAGCAACCUUCUGAGCCGCUCAGGGGUCCAAUGUAUUUAAUAAUUCAAGGACACUCCAAGGUGAAGACAUAUGGACCGUCUAAACAGAUGCAUGGGAUCAAGAUACACGAGAGCAACGAGAUUCCAAUCAAUGAUUACAAAGACGCAUUACAGGUGAAGCAUUUGCACUCAUACAAAAAGAAACCUGAAGAGACUGCACGGAUCGGGAGGGCUAAGAAUUUCGAUACGCUCUCGCAAGCCGUCCGGACGGGUUUCGGUGCCAUAGAAUAUGCAAAUCGCGACAUUCAAGAGACUGAGCUGACAGCUGGAUUCGAUGUAGAAGCCGCCCCCGCUUCCAGUGAAAUCUAUCACAAAGGAAUCGUGGAAGAGGCGAAAUUAAAAGAAGCUUAAUCGUUUGAAGAGGAGAAGAAGAAAGAGAAUACAUGUGAUUUCACUUUAUG